AUGUGUGCGUUAGCACUGCUGAGUGCAGCCGGGCUGGCUGUGGUGCUCCUCAGGCAGACGCAGCUGUCAGUGCGACUAGAAAAGUUGGAUGCGCGGCUUCGGGAUGUCUCUGAAAGGGCACUGGUGGGGCUCCCGUCUGAGGUGGCUGCAUCCCGCAUGGACCAGCAGGGUGCCAGACCUGAGGAACGCCAGCGCUCCCGGAGCAAGAGAAGCUGGGGGCCACAGGGGCCUCCCCAAGAUGAUGAGCAGCAGGAUAUGAUGAUGAUGAUGACCUACUCAAUGGUUCCAGUCAGAGUCUUGGUGGAUAUCUGCAACAGCACAAAAGGAGUUUGCUUGGCAGGGCCCCCAGGACCUGCAGGUUUGCCUGGCCUCGAUGGAAUGCCAGGUUUCAAUGGAACAGAUGGAGUGCCAGGGCAGAAGGGUGAGGCUGGUGUGGAGGGUAGGAGAGGGAGGAGAGGGCCAGCAGGAGAAAAAGGAGAUCCAGGAGAGAAAGGAGACCCUGGAGAACGAGGUGAAAAAGGAGAGACUUCCAAUGAUGUCAUUUUAGAAGGCCCCCCAGGUCCAGCAGGCCCACCUGGUGCUCCUGGUCCUGCUGGUCCCCCUGGUCCUCCAGGGCCACCUGGGGCCCCUGGAGGCGCCAGGAACAGAACGCACAGAGCACACCUGCAUCAGGCUCAGACCUCUGAGGGGCUGACACACGCCGUCCCAAACGAUGACACUAUAGUGGAAACGGUAGCUGUGAAUACACACAUGAUCCCUCCGGAGAAAGCUGACUGCAUCAUAAAAUCCCUGAUCAAUCCCAGAAACAUCACCAAAAUGACCACCACAUUCGGGACCUGGAUGCAGGACGCGGCCCUACAGGAUGACGAACGCAUCUGGGUGGCCGAGCACUUCUCAGGGCGAGUUGUGAAGGAGUACCAGAGUAUAGCCUCCCUCCAGAAUGGCUCCAGCAACACACUUGAUAUCAAGAAGUUCUUCCAGGGCUGUGGCCACACAGUGCACAAUGGCUCCAUCUACUACCACAUUGCUGGGACAUUCAAGAUUGGCAAAUUUGACCUUCGAACCAGGAAACUAUACACCCUGGCCAUCGAGAAUACCUUGUACCACAACCUGUCCUACCUCCUUCAUAACUCCAAGACGUACUUCAAACUAGCAGUGGAUGAGAAUGGUCUGUGGCUGAUCUUCGCUUUGGGCAGUGAUGAGAGCAUCAUGGUGGCUCGGCUGGAUGAGAGGACCUUUUCUGUUGCCUCCUUCAUCAACACUACCUACCCCCGGACGAAAGCUGGCAAUGCCUUCAUAGCAUGCGGCCUGCUGUAUGUCACUGACACAAAGGAUGCAAAGAUCACCUACGCCUUCGACCUGCUGAAAGGGAAGGCGGUGAAUAUGAGCAUGGACCUGAGGUCAUCAAACGGAGUCCUGGCCAUGCUGUCUUACAGCCCAAGGGAUCGUCACCUCUACGUCUGGGACAGCAACUAUGUUAAAACAUAUGAUGUGCACUUCUUAUCUGACGACUGA